CAGGAUGGCGCGCAAUGAGGAGAAGGCGCAGUCGCUGCUGAACCGAUGGACGUCCAUGAAGCAGGACUUCGCGGACACCUUCAAGAACCGACGCCCGUACCUGGCCUCGCAGUGCGACAACCUCAAGGACGCUGAGCGUUGGCGGCGCCAGAUCAUCCGCGAGAUCUCCAAGAAGGUGGCGGACAUCCAGAAUGCUGGCUCGAGCGAGCACGUGAUUCGCGAUCUGAACGACGAGAUCAACAAGCGCAUUCGCGAGAAGCGGCACUGGGAGCGGCGGAUCGUGCAGUUGGGCGGCCCGGACUACGCGCGCACGCAGCCGCAGGCAUAUGACGCGGACGGGUCGGCGGUGAGCGGGGUCGGCGGCUACAAGUACUUCGGCGCCGCCAUGAAUCUCCCAGGAGUGCGCGAGCUGUUCGAGAAGGAGGAGCCCGAGCCACGCAAGCGCACUCGGCAAGACAUGUACAAGCACAUUGAGCCGGACUACUACGGCUACCGCGAUGACGAGGAUGAACAGCAGCUGAAGGACGAGCAGGAGGCGGAGGAGAGAUUAAGACAGCGCGCCAUGGACGGCUGGGACGCCGCGGAGGCCAAGCGCAAAGCUCAAGUUGCAGAGUUGGGCGUGCCCACACAUUGA